AUGUCUGACGUGGGCUUUACGGGACAGGAACGGGUCGCCUCGCUAUUCCAAUCCGACUGGCGGCAGCGAAUAUUCCGGCAGCGGCAGCGGAUCGAUGUAUACCUCGGCCAGCGGAUACCGAACGUGUUCUGGGUACGGCAAGAAGUAUGGUCUGACGACGGCGACGACGAAGAUGACGACGAUUAG